UGAGAUGGCCUUAUGUAGGUUAUCAGAUGCACUGGAGCCCCCUUGAGUAUGUCUGAAAUUAAUGUCAAAAUGACGGAUAUGGUGAAGAGCUGCGAUGAAUAUUUCAUGCAUGACCCAUAUGAGGGAAAGAGAGAGGGAGAGAGAGGAGAGAGCGGGAGGUAUUGCUGAGAGACGCUGUGCGCGGUUCGGCGGAGCCUGAGCUGCUGAUGCUGCUGCUGCUGAUGCUGAUGCUGGGAGGCUGACUGACAGACAGAGAGGGAGGGUCUAUUCCACGCGAGGAUUAUUAUUGCUCUGCUUCGCGCUUUAUCCAUAAGGGAAGCACCCGAGGAGAAUCGGAAGAAACCGAAGCCCAGACCCGAAAAGAGCUGUUGUGAGGGACCACAGGGUGAUGACGGUGCCCUCGGCCCAUGAGUUUCAUUGGCAGAGCCUGGCGUGUCUUUCCAGUGGCCGCGUGUAUCACUCAUUGGCUGAUGUCGGGGGGCAGCUGUAUAUGGUGGGGGGUUGCGAUGCCUCGGGUCGACCCACCAGCGCUCUUGAUCUCUACUCCCCUGAGGUGGACCGCUGGCUCAGUCUUCCUCCGAUGCCCACGCCGAGAGCCGGUGCGGCGGUGGCUGUCUUAGGUAAGCAGCUGCUGGUGGUCGGGGGAAUGGGGAAGGACCAGCGCCCCCUGAAGGCCGUGGAGGUAUACAACACAGAAGAAGGCAAGUGGAGGAAGAGGUGCUCACUCAGAGAGGCAUCCAUGGGGCUUUCUGUCACUGUUAAAGACGGCAGAGCUCUUGCUGUUGGGGGUAUGGGAGCAGACCUCCUGCCUAGAAGUGUUCUCCAGCAGUACGACCUUCGCAAGGACAUGUGGGCGCUCCUUCCACCCAUGCCCACCCCGCGCUACCAUACCAGCAUCUGCCUACUGGGCUCCAAAAUCUACGUGGCAGGUGGACGUCAGUGUAAGCGUUUGGUGAAGGCGUUUGAAGUCUUUGACAUGGAAAGCCGCACCUGGUCCUCUCUACCCAGCCUGCCCUGCAAGAGAUCUUAUUCUGGGGUCUUAUGGGACAGUGCAGGACAUCUCUGCUGGUUAGGAGGGCUCAGACAAGGAGGACUACACCAAAGUUCAAAGUUUACCAAGAAUGUUAACAUCUUUGAUACCAACCAAGGAACUUGGUUAAAAUCGGAGGACACUGUACCCUUGAAGACCAAGCGAGCAGACUUUGCCACAGCCAUAGUGCGAGGCAGAAUGAUCGUGGCGGGAGGUCUAGGCCAUCAGCCAUCAGUGCUGGACACUGUUGAAGCCUUCCAUCCCGAAAAAAGGAAAUGGGAGAUGCUGUCGCCUAUGGCCUCGCCGCGUUGCUCUGCCACCAGCAUCGUGAUCCGUGAUCGCUUACUGGUAGUAGGAGGCGUCAAUCAAGUCCCAAGCUCUGCCCACGAGAUUCUAUAUGUAAAAGAGGAGGAGAUUCUUUAACCAUAAAACUUUAGGUUCACACAUCAGAAAAAGUUGCCUUCCGUGAUCAAGUAAAACACAAAUUUUCACAUUAAAGGCUGCGGUCACGUUAAGCAUUGCUUUGAGUUUUCACAUGAGAGGCAAAAACAUUCUCAAUUCAGUUGUCUCUCUCGGUUGGUCAUGCAAUUUUUUAGCCAUGCUGAGCAAUACAAAUCUGCUUGGUUUGAAAGUGAUUCUGUUUGAGCUGUGUGUCAUAUCUACGCUAUUAACAAUGGACCUUUUUUUUUUGGCAAAAUUUUGCAGAGAAAAAAAUCCAGAUCUGCACAAUGGGGACUUUUGCAUGAGAGUGAAAAAUUUUCCAGCACAGUUUUUCCUCUUAUUUAAACAAAUUCGCCAAGCCGACCAACAGAAAACUGCUUGGUUUCGUGUGGCGAAUUCUUGUUGUGACCAACCUGAAUAUGAGCGUAAACUGAGUGAGGAACUUUAUCGUAACCAAGCAGCUUUCUGUUGGUCAGCUUGGUGAAUUCACAUGACCAACUUGAACAGCGAAAAUGCUGCAAUGACAGUAGAUUAACGGAAACUGAAGAAUGAAUGUAGAAGACAACGUUUACAGAGAUGCCUACUACAUUGUCCCUUGUGGCAUUUCUAACAUAUUUCAUACAGUGAUGGAUAAAAUCACUUACAUAAUCUACUUAUGUAGAUAAUGUUUUGAACUUAAUUCCCAAGUGUCUAAGGAAGGCAGUUCAUGCCCAAAAUUAAAUACAGUGUUGACUUUAUGAUAUUCAAAGACCUUAUGCAGUCUUUGCUCAUUCACAUUGGUCACACAAAUUCGUCAAGCUGACUAACGAAAGCUGCAUGAUUCAUGUGGUGAAUUCUCAUGACCACACGGGGAACUUUAUUAUAACCAAGCAGCAUUCUGUUGCUCAGCUCGGUGAAUUCAGGUGACCAACUUGAACAGCAGCGAAAUCUACGCAGGGAACUCAUGCGAAUCUCCCAGACACACGGACUGGAUUUCGCCCGCAAAAUUUUGCUAAUGUGACCACAUCUUAAAGUCUGAAAAACACUCUACAGUAUGCAAAAGUGAGUGCAUUGCAAAUGCAAUAAGGGAGGCUGUAGUUUCCUUCAAACAUCUGUCUUAAACCGAAUUCAGGUAGCUAGCUACAAAAAUGUCAACAGUUUAAAUGUAAAAUGUGUCAUUUUUUGCACCCCAGUGCAAGGUUUUCUUCAGACUGUUGCUCCGCCAUGACAGUAGUUUAGCUGAAACAGAGCAAUGACAGUAGAAGACAAUGUUUACAUUUAUUGCCUACUAUAGUGCCUCUUGUGGCAAUGCUGACAUAUUUCAUAAUGUGUUGAUGCAUGAAAUCAAACUAGAGCUGCUGUUUAUGUACUUAUGUAGAGUAUGUUUUGGGCUUAAUGUCAGUACAACAAGGUUUAUGAAUGCUAGACUGUUCAAAUAAAUAAGCUACAUUAUGUGACGAGGAAUAACUAAAGCACAUAGUAUGAAACAAAAUGUAUUUUAGUUCCACAAAGCUUGCUGUAAAUGCCAUUAAUACAAAAUGUACAGCAAUGAGAAUCUGCCUUUUAAAGCCAACAGCACCAAACACCCACUGAAUGAUCUAAGCCAACAACAUAUGCACAAACACAGCUUCAGAAACACAAUAAAUAAGUGUUUGAAAUAGAUGCAGAUUUAGCAGUCUCCCUAUAAUAGUAUAUUGAGAUAUUUUAGGGUAUUUACAGGGUUGCUAAGUAAUCUACUGCUGUUUUUAGCAUGAUCAUUUAGUAAUACAGCAGGUCUUAUUAAUAAAGUGAAGUUUUAGGAUAUUAAUUGUGCAUACCUCACUGCAUUAUUUGUGUAGGAGGUGUUGUGUGAACAGAUUUUGUUGGUUCGUAUGGUGAAUAUUGAUUAUUUUUCACUCAUUCUGGUCAGUUUCAUCCUUGUCAAAGGUAACUUGCACUGCUGUAGCACAUACUACAUGCAAUCCUUU